AUGGAUCUCGUACCGCAAGAGACACCAUCGCUAGAAGAUAGCAAUGACAUUACACACAGGCUACCAUCUUUACGGUUUGAAAGUGCUCUGACAUCCGAAGAGAAAGAACAUCUGAAACUACUACGAGCGCGGGCACACGCCAUCACCGUAUCACAAUGUGCUCAAGCUGCAUACUUCGUCAACAUGUGCAAUCAAGUCAGAAAAUCUGACGUUAUUAUAUUUAUUGUUCUAGACAAGCUAUUGCUGUCAGAAGAAGUGCUUUUCAAGCAAAAGCAUCCACAGCGAAUUCAAGAGGGUAUUCCCCGUUAUGAUGUGAAAAUUGGUAUCCUGGGCUGUGGCAGACUGGGCAGUCACUUGGCAGUGUCUCUGCUCUCUUAUGGGAUGGUAGAGGGCAGGAGAUUAGAAAUCUCAACACGCAGACCUGAAUUACUGGAGUAUCUUCAGAACAAAGGUGUGACGUGUUACUUCGACAAUAUUCGACUGGCUGCAAGAAGUGAUGUGCUAUUUUUGUGUGUGCUGCCUUCACAGCUCCAUCUAGUGGUAGAGGAACUAAAAGCAGCGCCUCUCAAACCUACAUGUCUGCUCUACACCUUCGUCCUCUCCGUCUCAUCACCCAAGCUCAAAUAUUUACUGAACUUCACAAACAUCAUUAAACCUGAGACAUGGGACAAUGAUUGCGCUGAGAGGGAAUGGGACUACACUUUACAUAUCAACACAGCACUGGAGAAACCCAGUGUGGUGGAGAAAACUAGCCCUCUCAGUCUGAACAAAGAGGGUUGUGUGGUUAGGACCAGUGAGAAAUUCUCAGAGAUGAUGCUGUUUGCUAUGGUCAACAUGCUGACAAUGUUAGGGGUACAGAAGACCGAGAUAUUGUAUGUUAUCAACUCAGAAGUGCUCGGGGAGACAGAGGAGAAGCCCCUGAAUUGUCCACUGGUGGAGGAAAAUUUUGUGAAAAUCCCCAAGGAAAGAAUACAUUUCUUUCCCAAGUUUGACUUGACACGACUGGUCCAAGGCCACACACCUGUCCUGCGUAAGCUGAGUAGUGACAUUGAACUACGACAGGCUUACCAGACCGUCUAUUGUCAGCUGUUCCAGAAGUACAUUCAGGCUCAGAAAUAUGCCCCAAUCCAGUCAGGUGUCGCAUGAGGGGACAGUCAUGAGCACGCACAGGCAUGGGGAAAGUGGCAUGAGCACACAGAGGCAUGAGAGUAUAGGCCUAUGAGGCACAAUCAUGAGCUGUUUGUAUUGACAGUAUU